AUGGCGGGCGGCCGGUCCAAAAACGCUGGGAGGCGUCUGCGUAUGGGUAUUCAUUUACCCUCCAAGGUCGUAGUACAUUUAAUGUUUCACGGACAUGUGCAGUUUCCGUCCGUGCUGCAGACUGGUGCAGCUUCCCGCCACCUGCCCCAUGCUGGAAAGCAUUCGUUACGCUGCGACGCGCCAGCCGCGCAGCGUCGCCGGAUAUUCCAGAGCCGCCGCGACCUCGCGCUUGAGAGCGCACGUUCCGUUAGAAACGGGGUUUUUCGUUUUGGAGCGGGUGCAGAGGCCGUAGUCAUGUCGACACCGGCUCGGAGAAGACUCAUACGGGACUUCAAGAAACUGCAACAGGAUCCUCCUGCUGGUAUCUCAGCAGCACCAAGUGAAGCAGACGUCUUGAAGUGGACAGGAGUAAUUUUCGGCCCGGAGGACUCCGUGUUUGAAGGCGGGGUCUUCAAGUUGACCCUAACGUUCAGCGAGGAGUACCCAAAUAAGCCUCCUGUCGUCAAGUUUAUAACCAAAGUCUUUCAUCCUAACUUUUACUAUGGAGACGGAGGAGUCUGUUUGGACUUGCUCCAGAACAGCUGGAGCCCCAUCUAUGACGUUGCGGCCGUCUUGACCUCUAUUCAGUCGUUGCUGUGUGACCCCAACCCGAACUCGCCGGCGAAUGCGGAGGCCGCCAGGCUAUACCUAGAAGACCGGCGAGAGUAUAAUAAACGCGUCCUGCAGUGCGUGGAAGAGUCGUGGUUGACUUGA